AUGGCCAGCGCUUACAAUCCUGGGGAUGGUAGAUCCUCAUCAACUGAAGAGAUGCCAAAUGAUCAGCAGAAUUAUUCCGAGAAUUCUCUAUCUGAGAGAAGAUCCAGUCAGCAAGUUGAGAAUGGAGUACCAUCCACCUCACCAGCUUACUCGGACACUGAUGAUGACGAUUGUGGACCUAGGCCUUCUGAACUUUAUGGAAAGUUUACAUGGAGAAUUGAUAAUUUCUCCCAAAUCAACAGGAGUGAGCUAAGGAGUAAUUCCUUUGAUGUCGGCGGAUAUAAGUGGUAUAUCUUAAUUUACCCACAAGGAUGUGAUGUCUGCAAUCACCUCUCACUCUUUCUCUGUGUUGCCAACCAUGAUAAGCUACUCCCAGGAUGGAAUCACUUUGCACAAUUUACAAUAGCUGUAAUUAAUAGAGACCCUAAGAAAUCUAAGUAUUCUGAUACACUGCAUCGGUUUUGGAAGAAAGAGCAUGAUUGGGGGUGGAAAAAGUUUAUGGAGCUGUCAAAAUUACAUGAUGGCUUUAUUGUUGAGGAUGUUCUUACCAUCAAAGUCCAAGUUCAAGUUGUCAGGGAGAAGACAAACCGUCCAUUUCGUUCCCUUGACGGCCAGUACCGAAGGGAACUAAUUAGGGUGUAUCUAUCAAAUGUGGAACAAAUUUGCCGGCGCUUUAUUGAUGAAAGAAGAAGGAAGCUUAGCAGGUUCAUUGAGGAUAAACUGGGGUGGUCCAGUUUCAGUGGAUUCUGGCUGGCAAUGGAUCCAAGUGUGCGUCGGCACAUGACAAGGGAAAAGACUGAAACUAUAUUGAGAGUUCUAGUGAAACAAUUCUUUAUAGAGAAAGAAGUUACAUCAACCUUGGUAAUUGAAUCACUAUAUAGCGGAUUUAAGGCACUAGAAUACCAAAGCAAAAACAAAAAGGGGAUACCUAAACUAACAGAGACAGAUGCUCAGAGCACACCGAUGGUGCUUAUUGAUCAGGACAUGUUUGUUUUGGCUGAUGAUGUGAUACUUUUGCUUGAAAGAGCUGCAUUGGACACACUACCACACCAACCAUUGCCCACAAAAGAUGAUAAAGGAUCACAGUACCGCACAAAGGAUGACAACUCAAGUGACGAGUUCGACAAAGAUUCUAUUGAGCGUGAUGAUAGACGGCUUACAGAGCUAGGCUGGAAGACACUGGAACUUUUUGCCUUAGCUCAUAUAUUCAGCCGAACAGAAGUGGCAUACCAAGAGGCGAUGGCUUUGAAGCGCCAAGAGGAACUCAUUCGUGAAGAAGCAUCUGAGCGAGCUGGAGUUGAACUUAAGGCAAAGCGUAGUGCUGCUGAUAAGAAAAGGCGUGGCAAGAACAUGUGA